AUGAGAUUUAAUAUCAAUAAUAUUAAAAACUCUUUGUAUACUAAUAUUUAUACAUCAAAAUUAUUAAAUUCAUAGAGAGCAUUUUUUAUUAUAAUUUUCAGAUAAACAAUGGAGUAUCUUAUUAAAGUAAUUAUAGAAUAAACUUUACCAAUUAUUAUCCAAAGUCCUGUUGUUAAGUUUAAUUUUGAUGAAGAAAGAUUGAAUUUGAAUUUAAAAUUGCUAUUGAUAUAACAGGAAUUUGUUGGAAUAAUGAAAAAGCAUGUUCUGAAGAUUUAAGAUUUUUCUUGAGAUCUUUCAAAAUAAGAAAUCAUAAUUUAGAAUAAUAUUUAGUAAUAAGAAAUAGGACUUGUAGUGAUUAUAAAAAGAUUUAUUAAUUCCAAUUAAGAAUUCAAAGAAUUGAAUAAAUUUAUGGAACUAAAAUAUUCUUUAUCAGAUUUUCAGAUUUCUAAUUGAGAGAAUAAGUAUUCUUAAUAGUCGUUGAUCAAAAUGAGUAAAAGAUAAGAGUCCUAGAGAAAGUUAAAACAGCCUUAAUCUAUGGAAUCAAUCAACAUUAAAAUUUUAACAAAAAAUUUCUUAUAAAAGUAAAAACAAUUACUAUAUAACUUUAUUUGUAUCAAAUAAUUCCUUCAGUACUAUUUAUAAAAUGA